UGACCACCGGGAGCAGCGGCGGCAGCAGCAGAAGAUGUUGGCGAGGAAAAGCAUCAUCCCGGAGGAGUUCGGUCUGCCGGGGCUCGCGUCCCGCUUGCCGCGCAAGCCGGUCUUCCGCGACCGCGUGAACAAGGCGCGCUUCAUCGCCAAGAACGGCGCGUGCAACCUGGCGCACAAGAACAUCCGCGAGCAGGGCAGAUUCCUGCAGGACGUCUUCACCACGCUGGUCGACCUGAAAUGGCGCUUCACGCUGGUCAUCUUCACCACCACGUUCGUCAGCAGUUGGCUGCUGUUCGCCAUGAGCUGGUGGCUGGUGGCGUUCGCGCACGGAGACCUGGACCAGCAGCGGAACGGGACCCACUGCGUCACCCAAGUCAAGUCGUUCACCUCGGCCUUCCUGUUCUCCAUCGAGGUCCAGGUGACCAUCGGCUUCGGGGGGCGCAUGAUAACGGAGCAGUGUCCGACCGCCAUCACCGUCCUCAUCCUGCAGAACAUAGUGGGACUGAUCAUCAACGCCGUCAUGCUGGGCUGCAUCUUCAUGAAGACGGCCCAGUCGAACCGCCGGGCGGAGACGUUGAUCUUCAGCCGUCACGCCGUGAUCGCCGUCCGGAACAACCACCUGUGUUUCAUGAUUCGCAUCGGGGAUCUCAGGAAGAGCAUGAUCAUAGGCGCCACCGUCAGGCUGCAGGUGGUGAGGAAGACAACCACGCCGGAGGGGGAGGUGAUACCCAUCCACCAGAUCGACGUCCAGACGGAGAGCGCUGUGGCCAGCAACAGCCUGUUCCUCCUGGCUCCGCUCAUCAUCUGCCACGUCAUUGACAAAAACAGCCCGCUGUACGACCUGUCAGCCAUGGAGCUGCAGUGCAGCGACCUGGAGGUGAUCGUCAUCUUGGAGGGGGUGGUGGAGACGACGGGGAUCACCACACAGGCCCGGACCUCCUACGUGUCGGACGAGAUCCAGUGGGGUCACCGCUUCGUGCCCAUUGUGACGGAGGAGGAGGGCGUCUACUCCGUGGACUACUCCAAGUUUGGCAACACAGUCAAGGUAGCGACGCCGCUGUACAGCGCCAGAGAGCUGGACGAGAAGCCGUCCAUCUUAAUCCAGACCCUCCAGAAGAGCGAACUGUCGCACCAGAACUCGCUGAGGAAGCGCAACUCCAUGAGACGCAACAACUCCAUGCGCAAAGGCGCGGGAAGCAGCGGGAGCCUGCGCAGGAACAACUCGGGGCUCGUCACGCCUAAAGUCCAGUUCUUCACCCCAACCGACGGAGUCCAGAACCUGAAUGCCGUCACCUGACAUGAGGCCUGCCCCAUGCUGGCUGCCCUGCUCCUCCUGGUGGGGAGGAGGAUUGUGGGCGUUGGUGUGUCUCCUGCCCUGACGGGACUGAUUCUCUUUCUGUUCCCAGCCUUAUCUAGACUCGUCUCCCGUUACUCCACGGUUACGCGCACGGCGUGAUCGGGUUCUUUUCCCCAUUAAACUGUUGAAAACGCCGAUACCCUGCAGUUCGGUCUCACUCUCGGACCAGUAAAUGCUCCUCUUUGCUGAUAGAGCCUCCCAAACAAAGUCCCCCACAAACACACGUAGGUGAUAUUUUCUCGAAGCAAAGUCAAGUCCAGUGAAUGAUUAUUAGCUGUACAACCAAUCACAAACUUCCCUUACAAGGGCUUUACGGCCUGUACGGCGUACAGCACUAAUUUGCUGUCAAAGAUUUUUGAAAUUGCUUGGCUAACUUUAAUGUGAGUCGGGAAUGAAUUGCUCAUUUAAAAGCCAGAGAACUAACUGACAUUAAAUCUGAAACUGACAUUAAAUUAAACAUUCACUGGUUCCAGCUUCUAAAGUGUGAGGAGUUGCUGCUUUUCUUCUUCUGUAACUUGAAUAUUUUUUCCGUUUUGGACGGAACAAAAACAAGAAUUUCUUUUUGAAAAUGUCUCCUGAGGCUCUGAGAAACCGUGAUGGGCAUUUUUUCCCCCUUUCACCAAUCAGUCAAAGGGCAACACGCACCUGUAGCGUGUGACGCCCUUUGUUUUCUACGUUUCCAGGCACUGAGGCUCGUUAACUCCUCAGAAAAGCAGAAAGUUUUGUUUUUAAAAGAAAAAAAAAAAAAAAUCCUAUUCACUGCAUUGCUCCCUUGGUCCGUACAGUACGUCCGGUGUGCUCCAGGUGCCGGUUUGAGUCCCACUACUCAAACGAUGAGACGGUUACACCGUUUGAGUAGUGUGACAACAUUUAGAAAGAUUAAUCAGCCGUCGUCAUCAUAACCCCAGGAAGUGCAGCAGUGCGGGAACAGCAAUCUGAAGACGUCACCUUCGGCUCUGGGAUCUUGUGAUAGACAUUUUUCACAGUAAUGGAUUAAUCAAAAAAUUACCAAAAUAUUACUUUUAGCCCUAACGUAGGUUUAUUGUAGUCUAUGUACUGUGUAGAGGAGACAGAAUUAACAAAUAUAUGAAUGUCUGAUCAGACUUUUCUUAAAAAUAGUUAUUACAAACAUUAUGCCUUUUUUUUUUUUACCAUUUUUUGGGAAAAAGCUUAAUUGUAUUAUAGAAUAAAGGCACAUUGUAGUUUAUAGUGGUGAUAGCGUCCUCUGGUGGCGAUCAAUCAAAUACUGUACUGUACUUUUUUCUUUUUUUUUUUUCACUUGUGUUUUUCAGUUUUGUUGUUAGAGAAUAAAAGCACUCACUAUAUUUCAACGUGCUUUCAGAACCUGGAUGCCCAGUGUCAAAAUGCGUCGACUGAAUAAAGAGCAGAUUCUUCUAAUAAGUCAGCGACUGGUCCCAAGUUGUUGUU